UAAGGUAAUCAAAAUCAAAUAAAAGGAAAAAAACAAAAAGUAAUCCUAGUACAGUGUUGAUUUCCAACCCAGAAACAAACUGAAUGAUGUAUGGAAUUAAUAAAUCAUUGACGGUUUCUGAAAGUGGUGAUUUUUGUGUGUGUUUGCUUGCAUGCGCAUCACUUGGCCUUAAGCCCUUGAAUUUGGGUCCGCUGAGUUGUUUGCAGCGAGAGUGAGUGUUAGAGUUAGGGCUAUAAAACACGGUUUUUUUUAGAGUGCGAAUGUGCAGAGCUUGAGGUACAGAAAUGGCUUCUGCCAGUGAUUUGACAGAGACAGAGAGGAGCACAGCAAAGAGGCUUAGACAUGUGGGGAGGAAGCUCCUCAAGUGCUCUUCGGUUCACAAGCUUCUUCAACUCCUUGAUAAAUUGGAGCUGCUAUUGUCAACCCUGGAGCAAGAACCAACUAAGCCCAUUCAAGAAUCACUUGUACCUUCAAUGAAGGCAUUGAUUUCUGACGAACUUUUGAGGCACACAGAUGAGGAUGUUAAGAUUUCAGUUACAUCUUGCAUCAAUGAGAUUACAAGAAUCACUGCACCAGAUGUCCCUUAUGAUGACGAACAAAUGAAGGAAAUCUUCAAGCUCACAGUGGCAUCUUUUGAGAAAUUGUCUCACAUAUCUGGCCGUGGCUAUGAAAAAGCACUUACCAUACUCAAUAAUGUCAAUAAAGUCCGAUUAUGCUUGGUCAUGCUGGACCUUGAGUGUAAUGACCUGGUUAUUGAAAUGUUUCAGCAUUUCUUGAGAUUUAUAAGGUCAGACCAUCCCCACAAUGCAAUUCAUUCGGUGGAAUCAAUAAUGACCCUGAUUUUGCAAGAAAUUGAACAAAUUUCCCCAGCUCUUCUUAGACCUCUGUUGGAUAGUGUAGGGAUUGAAAAUCAGACCAUUUCACCUAUGUCUUGGUCAUUGGGGCAGAAAGUAAUUAGCAACUGUGCUGUUAAUCUCAAGCCUUAUCUCAUGAAGGCAGUGGAGUCCUCAGGCAGAGCGCUAAAUGAGUAUGCACAAAUACUAACUGAUAUUUGCCAGAACCAAUCUGAAUCCCCUCAAUGUGAUGAUUCAAAUGGUGCUAAGAAGACAGUGGUUCAGGAAGCUGAGAACAAACUUGAUGUUCCUAAAGAUGCAGAGGAACAAGUGUGUGAUGUUCAGGAAGCUCAGAACAAGUUUGAUGUUUCUAAAGAGGCAGAGGAACAACCAUGUGAUGUUCAGGAAGCUCAGAACAAGCUUGAUGCUCCUAAAGAUGCAGAGGAACAACCAAGUGAUGUUCAGGAAGCUGAGAACAAACUUGAUGCUCCUAAAGAUGCAGAGGAACAACCAUGUGACGUUCAGGAAGCUGAGAACAAACUUAAUGUUCCUAAAGAUGCAGAGGAACAACUGUGUGAUGAAACCAAGGGGCAUGAACUGGAUAUUACUGGUGACAGAGAUGUCAAAAUUUUGGAUGAUACAAAGUCAAACAGAAGAAGUGGUACUUCUACUAUGGAUGGUGAAGCAAUAAAAAUAUCUGGUUCAAAUAGGAGACCACAUUCUGAAAUAACUAAGAACUCCAAAAGAGGAAAUGCGAAAGCCAAUUUGGAAACUGACAAUUUAGAGUCUGUUCAGGAACCAAAAUCAGAAACGCAGUUGAAUACUGUGCCAAGGAAGAGGGGCCGUAAGCCUAAUUCUUUAAUGAAUGCUGAGGAAGGCUAUGAUCACUCAUGGAUUUCUCGGGAAACAAAACCUGGGAAAUCAGCUCAAUCCAGAAAGGCUCGCAAUUGCAGCUCUCCUUAUCCAUCUUCUGAAAAACCUACUUCCAGAAAGGAUAAGUUGCAUAGAAUGCCUAAAACUGUAAGUGAAACUCCAGUUUCCAUGCAGAAAAGUGAGAACAUAGCAGAAGCUGUCCAAUCCAGAAGGACUCAAAAUAUUGGCACUGAUUUUCCAGCUAAUGAUACAAGCGAAGGUCAUGAAGCUUUAGCUUCUAAACCUAAAGCUGAUGAGAAUAUGGAUGCUGCUUCUGUAAAUAAUAACAUUCUUGAUGGACGUCAUGUCAAACGUGGCCAGCCAAGGAAAAUAAAUAACACUGGGAAUCAAGAUGUUCAUUCCAAUUCUGUGUCAAUGUUAAAGGAAGACAACUUGAAUUCUCUUCUUGAGAAUACUUCUUUGGAUUCCCCAACAGUUAGGUUGGAAAAGGAAUCUGAAGUAAAAACCAUUAGGAAAAUCAAAUUUUCUGUAAGGGUUGAUGGGAAACUUGUGGCUCCAGAAUCAGUUGCUAAGAGGGAACCUAGCGCUUCUUGUGGAGAUGAGGGAAAACACAAGUCAUCUGUGAAUGUUGAGCUAGAAAAUAUAGAAGAGAGCAGAUCCUCAGUUCAAACAGAUGUUAGGAAAAGGAGGAGGCUUAAUGCUACUCCUAAUAAGGGUCUCAACAAAUCAUCAGCUGUGAAGGAACUGAUUGUAGAAUCUGCAAGUAAAAUGUUAGGUGGUGUCAAGGAAACCCCACAAGCAAGGUUGAGGAGAAGACACAUUACUGCGAAUGUAGAGGCGUCUGAUGAUGGUAACUCAUUGGUUGGUAGAAGGAUCAAGGUCUGGUGGCCGAAGGAUAAGAUGUUUUAUGAAGGUGUUAUUGAUUCUUAUGAUCCUAUCAAAGGAAAGCACAAGAUUUUGUAUGCCGAUGGUGAUGUUGAAGUGUUGAACCUCAAAAGACAGCGUUGGGAACCAGUUACUGUUGAUGUUGUGUUAGAUGAGGAAGGACUUGCACAUCAGAGGCUUGCACAAGCAUCAGACAUAGCAGAAAAGGGCAAGGAAAAAUCCACGUUGGAGUCUGCCAAGGGUGCAAACAUCAAUUCUCAGUCCAGUAAGAGAAGAAGAGCUUCAGCUUCUGCCGGCAUCUCCAAAUCUGUGAAAUCUGCGGAUACUUCUGCUGUUGAUUUAGCUGAUGAUUCACCUAUAAUUUUUAGCAGAAAAGACUCUAGGACGCCUAAAACCAAAAGAAGGGUGUAAAUGAAGAAGGGCAUGUAAAAAGGUUACCAGCUACGAGGCUCAAUGCAGUGAAGCUGUGCUGUUUUUACUAGUUGGCUCUAAAGCUUUGUAACUUUGUCUUACCAUAGGGAUUAUCAGUUUAGUCUUUUUUGUUUCAUAUUUAGUUUCAAGAACCCUGCAAACUGGUUAGCCUUUAGCUUGGUUUUGAUAUAUUAUGGUGUCUAAGACUAUUUUCUUCAGAAGGGUUUUUUCACACCCUUUUCAAAACUCGGUUUCAUAUUGGUAAAAUUAUGUCAUCUAUUUGUGUUAGAAUAGAAAGGUUUGUUUCAUCCGUGUUGAUUGGCAAGGCUGGUAUUCUUGAAUAGC